AUGGAGGCUCUGACCCCGCCUACACUAACACUUGUAACACUGUUGACUGCCUUCUUCUUCCUAUAUCGAGCCUGGCUCCGUGCGGUAUACCCGAAGACGCCCCUCAUAGGACGAUCUGAGUUAUUCCUUCACGUCCCAGAAGCCGACAACACGCAAGCUGUCUCCAAGGAAUCGGAUUUUCCUGAGAACUGGCUGAAUAGCAAUGAUAUCUUUGAACUCGAACGGCGCGCGGUGUUCAGCAAGGUAAGCCCGAACAGACAUGCUCAGGGUUCGAAAUUCACACCUCCUAACCCUUGUGGAUCACAGUCAUGGCUGUAUCUUUCUCACCGCAGCCAGUUCACGAAACCUGGCGAUUAUCAGUCCUUCGAAGUGGCCGGCUUCCCCAUCUUCCUCAUCCUGGGCAAAGAUGGUGAGAUUAGAGCUUUCCACAAUGUUUGUCGCCAUAGAGCGUACACGGUAGCGAAUAAAGAGCGAGGAAGUUCUACCGUUCUCGGAUGUCGCUACCAUGGCUGGAGCUACAACACGAAAGGCGAGCUUAUCAAAGCCCCUCAUUUUGAACAAAUACUUGGUUUCGAUAAAUCACAGAAUGGUUUGUUUGCUAUUCAUGUUCAGCAGAGCACCGACGGCUUCAUCUUUGUAAAUCUCGAAGCCGAUGCGCCAGGGGAGCUGCUGGAGACCGACCGUCUGGUGGACUUCGUGAAAUGUAAUGGGCCUAUACCUCAGUCACGGUGGAUUGGGGGCAGGGCUAUCGAAGGCGUGUUCAAUUGGAAAAUGGCUAUCGUAUCUGAGAGGCAGUUCAGUAGUGCUGUAAUACUGCCCGAACUUGCGCGACUUGUGCCCUCACCCCUGUUGGCAAGAGUUAAGCAUUAUUUGAACGGGAAGACUGCAGGAGACCCUGAUGUUCUGAUAUUUCCCAAUGUCUCGUUUCAUAUCAUUAAGGAUACCAAGUAUUGGUACUCUCUCAGCUUCCAUCCAGCGUCUGAGCGAAAGACGCUGGUUCGAUAUGAUCUGUAUUGCUUCCAGAACACGGAUGGCGAUGUCAAUUCUCAGUUGAUUUCAGCUAAGCUCAUUGAGAUGAUAACGGAACAGGUUGCCGAAUUGGAGAGCCAGUAUCAGUUACGAGUCAGAGGGGCUGAGGAUAGCUCCCAGGGAGGUGUGAUCGCAACAACAACAGAAGAUAGGGAUUUCCGCUCCUGCUUGGGAAAGUCGAAUCUGCAAAACGUGAUCCUCGAGCAGCUAAAAAGGCAUACUAAGCUCGAAAAGCUGCAAGGGAUGGAAGUGCAUCCUGCGAUGAGGCAGCCGCGAAUGACGGCGAAGUCCCAGGAGGCCGACCAACGUAAGUCGAUAACCUCUUGUUCUCAACUUCGGAGCCGGAUGAUCAAGAAUAGCUUCACUGACUCAUCUCAGUUUGCAGAGAGCUCGAAUGUCAUGGCGAGAAAUCCCCAAGUCUGGCCUGGUAGCCGUCAUUCGCAUUGGAGCGAUCAGUCAAGGAAAUAG